AUUAAGUAUUUAAAUUGUAAUUAUGAGUUGCAUUAAAUUUCCCAGUUCAAAAACUGAACUUGUCAGAACAGGAAACAAAGAAAACAAUUAUGAUCAAAUUACCGCACAAAUUAUCGCUGUAGCGAAUGAAGAAUUUGGACAGAAAAAUUGGAGUCAUUCAAUUACAAAUCAAACUUUAGACUUUAUUGAAUCUGUGAAUGGGCAGUAUCGAGCUGGUUGUGCAUCUAUUGUAAAAGUACAAUUGAAAGAUGGGACAUUUCAUGAAGAUAUAGCAUAUAGCUUUACAGAAGGCUCUACAAAAGGAUCAGCUAUAAUGAGAGCUAGGCUGUCUUCAUUCAAUGGGGCUUUUAAAAAAGCAUUGACAUGUUUUGGCAACAAAGUGUUAGAUAAAUUUAAUAGCCCACCUAACAUUGUGAGUGUGUCAGUAACAAAAGAAGUAAACAACCAAAAUAAUAAUAAACAUGAAUUAAAUUCUCGAAGCAAUUCAAUUAUUCCUCGUACGAAUCUGCCAGUUAAUGUAAAUGUACCUGAGGCCAUACCUGAUGUUGAUUUCAUGCCCUUAUCUCAGACUGAUGCUUUAAUGAAUUCAGUUGAUUUAGAUAAUUUGGUGGCCACAGAAGAAUCAACUGGGAAUGCAAAUAAAAAAACUACUUUUAUACCUAAAGUACCACAUGAAGCUGUGAAGGAAAGUGUUAAUGCAACUAGCAACUGUAAUCGUCAACCAGUGUCUGCCAAAACAGCAGAAGUAACACAAUGUUUAGAUACAAACCAAAAUUUGAACAAUGCUACUAACAAUAAUGCAGAAUUAACAUCAGUUUCAAAACCAGUAGUAUCAACAGCUAUGACAGAAGAAGAAAUGCGAUUAGAGCGAAAAAGAAAACAACGUGAAAGGCAAGAAGAAUUCAAAAGAAAAGAGGAAUUAAAAAAGAAAUGUAACAACGGUGCUGUUGGAGCACCACCAAAUGCAAGAUAUUAAUCUAGACUGUAUCUUUGGUUUUUUUUUUAACAGGUAUUAUUAUUUAAAUUAUUAUGAAUUGAAU